AAUGUCAAAAUCACGAGUCCGUGAACGUCAGGUCAAAUGAUUAGAUAAAGAAGUAAACAAUACAAUAUUUCUGCAUUUUGGACGUAAUAUUGUUUAAAUUCAGUUUCUGUGCUUAGAAUUCUAUCUUUACUAAAGUUUUGUAAAGAAAAAGUAGUGAAAUUCAUCGGCAAAUAAAGUGUAUCAGUGGUGAAAACAUGCCAUAGAUUUGGUUUAACAAUUUGGUAAAAAUAUCCACAAAAACAAGAAAUGAUCCACAUAAAUGAUCUGCCGUUAGAAUCAUUCCUUGAAAUACUGUCUAAAGCAGAUGGCUGCACGAUUGGAAUAUGCCGUAGAGUGAGCAAAAAUUGGAAAGAAAUAGUCGAUGGCACAGACUUACUUUGGCAGGAAUGUUGCAAGAAAGAAUUCAAACAUUCCUCUAUCAUUGCGAGAAGAAAGUCCGGAAAAGAUACCAGCUGGUACCACAUAUACAAGAACCUAAAAACAUGGUCAGAUAUUUCGAAAAUCGAGAGUAAAACGAGGGAGUUCUAUAAUUUUUCUCUGCACGAUAAAUGUCACGCAUUGGAGAUUGACAAUGGAAUUUUACCGUUAAAAGACGCCCGAGGAGUUGUGCUUUACGAUAUGAAUACAAUGAAAAACAUACCUGUAGUAGUACCUGAGAAAAACUGCCUGAAAGUUGCGCAUAAUGAUUGUGCUUCUGCGAUCUUGAUUAAAUCUGGACUUUUAAUACAGAGAUCUGUUUCUAAUCCAAACUUCAUGUCUGAGGCGUUUUUUAAAGCUGACAACUUCGUUUUAGCCGAGAAUGCUAUGUACUUCUUUAAUAACCGAGACAUUUUUAAAUGCGAUUUAGGCCAUGAAAAUCUGUCUUCAAAAUUGAUUCUACAUUGCGACUAUGAUAUAAAAGUUAUGCAGUAUAACAACAACGUUUUAUACAUAUUUACUGAUUGUGGAAAUAUAGUAACCAUUGUAAAUGAACAGUUAGACUCUGUCAAACCAAUUGCAGUACCUCCAGAAUGGCUAAAGCAGGUUAAACAUAUAACAGCUAUCAACGACAAAAACUAUGUUUGUUAUUCACGGAUUUUAUUCAAAAUAGAAACAGACACAUAUAAGCAUUUGUACAUAGAGUUUCCUCCAAUAACCGCACUAUUCUUUUACGGAGAUAUAGUUUUGAUCGGUACAAGGAACAGCGAGAUAUUACUAUACCGUCUGUCAAGCCAAAAAUAUAAGGUUACACCAAUUUUUGAGAGACUCGGAGCAUUGCCGGAUGGGAAGUAUGCGGUACAACUGGAUGUUUGCGAGAGAAAAUCUGGACCAGUCAUUGUUGCUGCUACGUUUUUUGAGAUAUUCAUAUUUGAAUAUGACUUCUUCCCUAAUGACAAUGUGGACCGCAUGAAGAAGACCUUCACCUCCAACAAGCUGUGUAUUUACAAGAGACUCCUCCGACUAAAGGACAGGCUGCAGUGCCAAUCAUUCAUUUAACCUCAUGAGACCCCUCGUAUACAUUUUGGUACAAAUUCCACAAUCAAUUUUGAACUUUUAUUGUUUAACUAAAGGUUCCAAAUUGAACAACAAAAAAACUGCUUCCGGGUCUCAGGAGGUUAAACAAUUAACCCUUUGAUGGCCUAAGGCUCACUUGCACCAUUACACAAACCAUUACGGUUAAACCUGCAGUUACCAUGGUUACCAGUACUAUUUGACUCUGGAUUAACGGUUUAACCGCUUGUGGGUAGUGGAAUGUGGCCCUAAGUGGCCCUAAGACGUCAACUGACGCGCGCUGUUACAUCUACAGACCGAUAGGUAUCCCUUUGCGCAUUAUGACUAUACUCUGUAUCUUUAGGUAUUUAAAUAAAAGUAAACAAAAUUUACCCUCAAAUGACUCCUUAAACCAGUUGAGGGUAGAUGAAAACAUUACAUGAUCAAAUAAUGUAGGUUAAAGUCAGGUCGUUCAGUGACAGGACCAGGAGGUUUUGUAUUUGAUUGGUUAACCAAAAAAUUUUAUAACUACCGUGAAAUUUAAAAAUUGGAGUUUGUCCCACUAGUUACCACCAAGUUCAGUCAAGUCAAGGUCGUUCAGUGACAGGACCAGGAGGUUUUGUAUUUGAUUGGUUAACCAAAAAAUUUUAUAACUACCGUGAAAUUUAAAAAUUGGAGUUAUUCCCACUAGUUACCACCAAGUUGUUACCAGUGGUAACUACUGGGAUUUUUUUUCCCACCUUUUACCAGUGAUAACUACUAACUAGGGAAUAACCCAAAAAUUUAUUGUUUACUUUUAUUUAAAUACAUAAAGAUACACUCCCUUAUUCAUAAACGCGCUACAAACCUCAAUUAGCUAAUAAUCGUUUGUCUUUAUCUGUCAUUUUAACUUCAGUAUUUGUAAGAAAGGAAGUUUGUAUUUAUAAAACAAUUUAACUUAAUCAGUACUGUAAAGUUUUAUGAAUAAGGGGGACAGAGUAUAGGUUCACGAUGACGCGCCGCGCACGAUAGGUCAGGCGUUCAAAGGGUUAACAAAAAUUAGAUGGCGCCAUGGUAUAAUAAUAUACUAUUUGUACUCCGCUUGGUACUCUCUUCCCGUCUUUUCGUGCUCACGUGACUGACACAAGCCCACGUCAUCAUGCGGAAGCGCCAUAUGAUAAUAUGCGAUAGCGCUAUAUAAAGUGGCAAUGUUAUUGUGACGUAGGCUUGUGUCACUCUGGGAAGAGAAGACAAUGUUUUAUUAGACUAUGAGAUGGCGCAACACAUUUUGUUCUAUCUCGAUAUUAAACAUUAGCAAAUAAUAAAUUAAAUGAGGUAUAAGUAUAAAAGAUAUAGGCAAGUGCAGGAAAUUGGCUUAGCAAAUAAGACUUGAAAGUCACUGCCCUAGAUUUUGA